CCUGCAAUCAAUGUAAUGAUUGCGAUCUGCUAAGGUUUCACUCCCAAUUUCAACCAGGUUACUCUCCAUUUUCUUCUCAGAACCCUCACUUUGUAAUGGUCAGCUCCUUCACACUGAUUCCCUUGUGAAGAUGAGUACACAACACACCUUGCGAUUCUACAAGGAAGCAGCAAAAAUCCUCAGGACAUACAAACAAUUUGGUGUGAGCAUCAAGUCCCAAAUAUACAACCUCAAGCACUUUAGUAAAAAAGCGUUGUAUGCUCUCAUCAUCGAGACACACAAACAUGAAGCUAUCAUUGACAAUUUGCUCAAAUCCUGUCCCAUCGAAUUCGAGCCAACAAAAAAGAAGUACUUGAAAAAAAAGAAUGAUUCGCUGCUAAGAAUCAUGGUUACUGAGCUACUGUGGGGGAAAAAGGAGCUUUUGCCUGAAUCCAAACUUGUGUCAAUCCUCCUGUUGAACCAAGAAAAGUUAUUAAACGAAUUGUCAAAACAGGAGAACCAAAAUCUAUUAGGCAGCAUCAAAAAAAAUUUCUCUCUCAAAGUUACCAUUCCACGGUAUGUGAGGGUUAAUACUCUGCACUGGUCUGUGGAAGAAGCAAUAGAAUAUUUCAACUUUAAUGGCUGUGAGCUGUUAUCAACGGGUGACAAUUAUGAAUCAUUUCUGACCACUGUGAAACAUCUAUCGGACAGUCAGUACGUUCAGGAUAUGCAUUUAAAAGAAGUUUUUAUUUUCCCUCCUCAAACGGAAUUCUUCAGUGAUGUAAAAUAUUUAGAAGGAUCUCUCAUUCUUCAAGACAAAGCAAGCUGUUUGGCAGGACACAUUUUGAAUCCUGAACCAGGAAGCACUGUACUUGACAUGUGUGCAGCUCCGGGAAUGAAAACUUCCCACUUGUCUGCUAUAAUGAGAAACGAAGGGUGUAUUUAUGCUGUUGAUCGUGAUAAAAAACGAUUUGAGACUUUGAAUAAAAUUGUCAAUUGGCAUGGAGCAACCUGUGUCCAAACAAUCAACGCAGAUGUUCUAACGAUCUCAACAGAGCAGUGUGAAAAUGUGCGUUACAUUCUGUGUGACCCUUCCUGCUCCGGUGGAGGUAUGAUGGGUCGAAAAGAGGGUGCUAAUGAUCAUAAAGACGAAUUUCGGUUAAGAAAAUUGGCAAAUUUUCAAACUCAGUUACUUCUCCAUGCCCUUAGAGACUUUCCAUCAGCUGAGAAAGUAGUGUACUCAACUUGCUCAAUGGAAAUUCAAGAAAAUGAGGAGGUCAUCCGCGAAGUGCUUAGCAAGGUCAAAGAUUUUAAACUGGUUGAUUUGAGAGCCAAAAUUCCGGACUGGAAAAAUUUUGGAUCCAGUGAUUACAAAUGUGGCAAAAAGUGCAUUUAUUGUCGAGCAGAUGAAGACCUGUGUAAUGGGUUCUUCGUUGCACUGUUUAAACGGAAAUCUAAAAAAAAUAAACAGAUAACGAUGGAAAAUAAGGACAAUGAAGGUGACAUAUUAAAUGAACUUGAAGAAAAUUCAAUAAAUGAUAGUUGUAAUUUUAAGAAGAAAAAAAAUAAAAAGAAGAAGUUCUAACGAAUUCAAUUUUUUACUGUCAAGUGAUUCAAUACAUAUCAUUUUUUUUCAGAACAAAGAAAUUUUAUAUGUACACAUGCUUCAGCCAUUGUUGUUCUUAAAAUCUAUCUGUGUAUGAAAUGAUUGUUGAGUUCCUCAUUUUUAUCAAAUGAAAUAAAAUUUGAUUAUUUCUCUUCUUUUGGUAAUAUGA